UGUGGGGGGUGGGGAGGGGCACAUCCAACCUGCUGGGUUCCCUUAGCCAGCUCAGCCAGAUGGGCAAUAACGAAUCCAAACUGGCGCUCAACAUACUCAAUGCCGUGCUGUCGUCGGGUUCCUCGCUAGUGGACGGGCGUGACAGCCGUGAUUAUGGCCCUCCCGCCAACAAAAUGCGUCGCAUGGACAGGGGUGGGGGGAAUGACGACCGUCGUGGGCGGGCUCGUUCCCCCCAAAUGCGUCCUCCACCCUCACGCAAGUUGCCCCAACGGGAACAUCACUUCAGCCCCCGACGUGCCUGGGAUGAGUCGCCCCACAGUCGCAGGGGUCGCCAUGUCUCUGGCCCAGCUGGACUUCCAAUGAUGAAUGACUACCAGCUUAGGAAAAAGGUCAAGGCCAGGAAGGGAAAGCCCAGGCCUGAUGCUAAGGAUAAUAAGGCCCCUGCCAAGGACCAGGAGAAGGGGAAGGAUGAAACAGCUUCAACAACAGCAGCAGAAACAGCAGCAGGUGUCCAGGAGGGAGUCAAAGCUGAGGGUGAUGGUACCCCAGCUGCAGCUGGCCCCAACAAGAGGUAAGCUCCCAACCCAGUGUGCUG